AUGAUGAAUGUAAAUAUCAACUCUCUACUAAAAUCGGAGGAAGAAAAAGAGCAAGGAAAUAUUUUAUUUAAACAAGGAGACUAUGAGCUAUCUAUUUUCCACUACACUCGAAGCAUAAAUUAUGUACCCACGUCAUCAAUUUUGUAUACAAAUAGAUCUUUGGCAUAUUAUAAAAUUGGGGCAUAUGAGAAAAGCUUGGAUGAUGCGAUAAAAGCCAAAGAGCUCGAUCCAAACAAUUUGAAAAGCUAUUAUAGAAUAUGUGAAGCAUAUAAAGCUUUGAAAGAUUUUGAAAAUUUUGAAAAAUAUACAAAAAUAUAUAAUAAUAAAAAAAAUUCUAUACAAGAUGGGAAGGAUAAUGAAAAAGGCAACAAUAAAGAAACACAUUUGGACAAGUUUCAUUCACAAUAUAUUAAAAAAAAUAUAAAUGAGAAAAAUGAUGAAGAAAAAAAAAUUAUUAGGAAUAUAAAAAAAAGUUCAGAAUUAAUAAAUUUAGGGGAAAAAGAUGAAAAAGAAAACUUUUUAUUUUUUAAUAGUCCACAAAUAGAAAAUAAAAAAACAAAUAUAUCUUUUGAAAAAAAAGAAUAUAAACAAAAUUUUUUAAUUGAAGAGGUAUAUGAUUUUAAAAGUCCUGAAAAAGAAACAAAAAAUAAAGAUAAUGAUAUAUCUAUAAAUAAUGCCCCUAACCAAAAAAAUGAUAAUUCGAAAAAAAAAACGAGCAAAUUAAAUUAUACAGACAUUUACCACGACAUAAUAUAUUUUACAACAAAAUUUACAAAUUUAUUUAUAGACAAUACAUUACUAUCAGUUUAUAUCCAAAAAGAAAACAUAAAAACAAAAAAUUAUUUCAGGGACUAUGAUUUAAAAAAAUUAAAAGAAAAGGCAGACACACUUUUUUCUCAAAAGAAAUAUGUAUCUGCUAUUGAUAUAUACAGCGAUGUACUUCAAUCUUUAGAAUCUGAAAAGGGAAUAUACUAUUGUACGGUUUUAAAUAACAGAAGUGUCUGUUUCGUUGAAAUGAAAAAAAAUCGAAGUGCUCUUUGUGAUAUAUGCAAAACUUUGAAUAUUUUGUUUUCUUUUUUUGAGGAACACAAGGAAAGAAUAAAAAAUUUGAAAAAUGAGCCAACUCAAAAUGACUCAGAACAUUUAUUUUAUCCGAUUGAUAUAGAUAUUUAUAAUGAUAUAAAUGGAAUAUAUUAUCAGGCUCAUAAAAUAUUAAUAAAGCUAUUAUUUAGAUAUAUAAAGUUUUCACAUUUUUACACUAGCAAAUUUAAGCUUCCUUCAAUUGACCAGGUUUCUAGUUUUAUGGACAUGAAGGGAAUGGAAUAUUUAGAUCGUAAAGAAGUUGAAAAAUUAAAGAACACAGUUUAUUCAAAAUUGUGA